AUGUCACGCGUCGUAUAUUUGGAUCAACUCCCUUUCAUUCAUUUGGCGACAUCAUCACGUCGCUAUUCUGACAAAACCAAGAUAAGGCACAUCAUCAAAGAUACAACAAUUAAAAAAUUCAGUAAACGAGACAAAUUCUUUAUUAAUUUCUUGAAAACAAAAAUGCAUGAUUAUUCGAAACAAACGAGAAAAGCAUUUGGUAACGAUUGUGCCGAAUUAUGCCGGGUGCCGUGA